AUGUUUCACUCAACAAUACCAGAUUCUGUGGAAUUAUCUAAAAAAUUUGGUUUAAGUCGUUUCUCAUUAAAUACCAAUAAAAACGAAACUAAUACGAACACACCUAUCCUUAAUAAUACAACUAAUAAUAAUAUGGAAGAAGAACCCAGGGUACUCCUACCUGUCAUUCAAGAACAUACAUAUGUUGAAAGCUCACCAAUUUCAUUAACUUCUCCUUCAUUAUAUGCACAUUCUAAAAAUCAAACAAAGGGUUUAAGUAAAUUUCAAUUCAAAUUCCCUUCUACUGCAUCAUCCACUGGGUUUGUGAAUACUCCGACAAGAUAUACGUAUAGAGCAAGAGAUGAAAUCAAGAAAAGGUUAUCAUCAAAGAUAACUACAACGGAUGAAAAGAUACAUAAAGAUAAUGACCAAAUCCCUAGGAUGAGAAAUUCAUUUGAAAGGGAACCAUACUAUAAACAAUCAUCAUCUGAUUCAUAUACUUUAUAUUCAGACAAUGCAUCAUCUUAUCAAUCAAGUGUAUUUUCCAUGCCAUCUGCAGUAACCUCAUCCGCUUCAUCUUACCGUCAAGAACAGGGCGCGUAUACUAAUCAUAUCCCAACUAGAAAAUUCAUUAAACAAGUUACCAUCGAGGAAGCCAUACCUCCGUUUUUCCAAGAUAUGUAUUUCCCAGAAAUUUUAAUAUCAGAAUCAACAUCAGGCACAUUAUUAUACAAUGGUAGACCAUCAUUCACUAAGAGAGAAUUAUUAGAUUGGGAUUUGAAUGAUAUAAGGUCAUUAUUAAUAGUGGAAAAAUUAAGAUAUGAAUGGGGUAAUCAAUUACCUGAAAUAAUCACCAGAAAUCAUGACAAAACUGAUACCAAUACGGGUAGUAGCGCGGCUGCUAUUCCUAAGUUUAAGUUCACUUUAUUGCCCCUCGAUUCUAGUGAUGAAUUUAUAAUUAAUACUUUGGCAAAUUCAGAUUUGUAUUUAGAAGCUGAUUUGGACUAUGAAUUUAAAUUGACUAGUGCUAAAUAUACUGUUAUGGCUGCAAGGAGAAGACAUGAACAAUUGUUAAUGAAUAACGCGAAUAAUAAUAGUCCGCAAACCCAAUUGAACUCCAACCACCAACAAGCGAAUAUGAAUAUGGAAUUGAGUAAACCUGAAUGGAGAAAUAUUAUUGAGAAUUAUUUAUUAAAUAUUGCAGUAGAGGCACAAUGUAGGUUUGAUUUCAAAGAAAGAUGUUCAGAAUUUAAGAAAUGGAAAUUACAGCAUCAAUUAGAACAGCAAGCUGAAGAGUUGACAAGACAACAACAACAACAACAACAACAACAAGCGUAUAAUGCAAAGAAAAAUAAUAGUAAUAAUGGAUUAUUGAAAAGAGCUCUCUGGAAGAAUUUUAACAAGAAAGAAUCUGCUGUUGUAGCUACUAAUGAUGAUGAACAAAAUAAUGAAUGCGUUAAAAAUCUGGAAUUGGAACAAUUAUCAUCUCAUAGUGCUGCUACGCGCGUUAAGGUUUCUUUAACUAAAGAAGAAAAAUCAAUCAUUUGGUCUCAAUGUCAAGCUCAGGUUUAUCAAAGAUUGGGUUUAGAUUGGCAACCGGAUGGUCUUUCUUAA